AUGACCAGCUCCACUCAGGCGUGGUCAGUAGUUCUCCUGGUGACAUUAAGCUUCAAUCUAUUUUGCAUAACUAGCGCAAAACGAUGUAACAUACGUCCAUAUGAAGCUAAAGGAGAGAAGCGCGCAGGAAACAAUGGCUACGUUAUCGAGGUAGUCACAGUGAAGUCAGACGGAACCGAAGCAGGAGCAACAGGAUUUUUACCUGGAGAACUUUACAAAAUUCGCGUACGCGGAUGGCAGACAGAAUAUACCGUGCAAUCUUUCCGUGGGUUUGUACUGAGUGCUCAGUUUGACAAUGGAGCGCCAGCUGGAAGGUUUGAGGUUGUAAAAGGACGCGGUGAUGCCAGAGUUUCUCCCGGAUGCCGAGCGGCAGGAGUCAGUCACUCAAAUCUUCGACCCAAAACACAUGUGGAAGUCACAUGGAAAGCUCCUCAAGUUUGGGACGGCUGUGUCAAGUUCCGAGCCUCGGUUAUCGAGUCUAAGUAUAUAUGGUAUUCAGAGGACAGUCAGCUAACUAAAGAGUUCUGUCUACAAGAUGGUUAUGAGAAAGUUGUUAUUGAUGAUAAUCCCGAUACACCCUGUUGUGCAUGUGAUACUGCCAAGUAUGAGUUAGAAUUCAUUGGACUUUGGAGCAAAGAAACUCAUCCUAAGGAUUAUCCAACAUUAGAACAUCUCACUCACUUCACUGAUAUGCUUGGAGCUUCCCAUUCGUCGAACUAUAGUUUAUGGAAAGUUGGGAUUCCAUCCACAGAUGGCAUGAAAGAGAUUGCAGAGUGGGGUAAUACAUACAAAGCUCAAAUCGAAGCAAAAGAGAAAGCAUCUGAAGUUCGGACUCUCAUGAAAAUCAAAGGCCUUUGGUACCCAGAAGUCCAAGGAAUUACAAAGUCUUCCUUUGUUGUCAACAAAUACCAUCAUCUUGUUUCUCUGGCUACUAUGUUCGGACCAUCACCUGAUUGGUGUGUGGGACUUUCAUCUGUCAAUUUGUGUUUACCGGACUGUAGCUGGGUUAAAGAACGAACUUUUGAACUGCAACCUUUCGAUGCUGGAACUGAUUCGGGUCCCACAUACAUGUCACCAAACAGUCCAAGCGAACCUAGAGAGAAAGUUCAUUGGAUCACGACAAGCCUCAAUCAGCUAUCUCCUUUCUACAAUGUAGACUCAGAUGUGAUACCUCCUUUAGCAAAAAUUAUAAUUCGUCGGAAGGAGGUCGACAGUGCUAAAUGUGAAGCUGACGAUGUUUACCAGAAAGAAGCUUACAAUAUCACAAACACAAGUGAAGAUGAGGAAUAUAAGGAUCGACGAGAAUGCUUGAUGACCGAAUGGGAGCCUUGGUCAUUGUGUUCGGCUACUUGUGGAAAAGGUAUUCGAAUGAGAAGCAGAGUUUUUGUUUUCCCCGUCAAGGCCCAGAUUUUCCACUGCAAUCGUGAAACUAGUGAAAGACAGUUCUGUAAUGCAAAAGUGAACGAAUGUGAAGACUCUGACGCUUUCAAUUCUAAAUGUGCUGUUGGUUCGUGGGGUGCUUGGAGUGAGUGCAGCGUCACUUGUGGUCACGGAUAUCGCAGUCGCAAGAGAAGCUUCUUGUCUUCUUCGACAAACGAGGAAAAUUGCAAUGUGGAACUAGAAAGAAAGGACUUGUGUGUUGGCGAGCAAGGAGAUGAUUGUUCUGUAACUCCUGACCCCUUGUGUAGAACAACUUCGUGGUCCGAAUGGUCACCAUGUAGUGCCAGUUGUGAUGAUGGAGUCAGAAUUAGAACUCGUUUGUUCUUCUACGCAGAACACGAGCAUAGAUGUUCUUCUGUAUCCCUACAAGAGAAAGAUACAUGUGUCAUGCAAUCUUGUCGACGUUUCAUAGAGCAGAACUCUGAAGAAAUUUGUCAAGAGCCUAAGUCGGAAGGUCAAUGUGGAGGAACGUUCCCGCGGUACUGGUACAAUUCUAACACAACACAAUGUGAACGUUUCAUAUUCACUGGAUGCAAGGGAAACAGAAACCAGUUCGAAACUGAUGAGGAAUGCCAAAGGAUUUGCCAAGCCGGCUACGAUCAUUCUAAAGCUAUAGUUCCUAAUCAUCAAUUAAUCAAUGAAUUUGGAGAAACGAAAGGACUCAUUGAUGACGGAGGAAUGCCUGUGCCCUGCGAGUUACAAGAGUGGGCUCCAUGGGGUAACUGUUCGGUCACUUGUGGACGAGGAAAAAAAACACGCUCACGCCAAAUUAAGGCGUUCCCAAGAAAUGGUGGAACUCCUUGUCCAGAGCCUGAACAUUUAAUUCAAGAACUUCGCUGUCAGUUACGUCCCUGUCCACGAUCUCAAUGUCAAGUAGGACCAUGGUCGCGAUGGUCUGCUUGUUCAGUUAGUUGUGGUGAAGGUGUUCAGUUGAGAAGACGACGAGUAAUGAAAGGAAGAAAUGGAGAUUGGGAAGAAGUGGAAUGCCCUGAUAAGGAGAAUGAAGAACGAAUGUGUCGUAUACCUUGUCCUCCGCCAUAUCCAAACCGAGAUUUUUAA